GGCUCCAGCCGGCGAGUGACGGAAGAGCGGAGGAUGGAGAGCAGCGACGAAGCGGCCACCGAGAAGCGCCGCAUCCACUUGCGCCCCGCCACGCUGCGCGACGCCGCCCCUGGCACGCUGCACCUACUGCCCUGCGAGGUCCUGAGGAGCCGGCCCGCGCCCGUGCGACGCUUCUUCGCGCCCGCUAUCCGCCAGGGUCCCGAAGGACUCGCGGUGUCGUUUCGGGGCCGCAGUCUACGGGGUGAGGAGGUGGUGGUGCCGCCCGGCCUCGUGGGGUAUGUGAUGGUGAUGGAAGAGAAAGGAGAGGAUUUCUCGGGAGGUUCGGAGAUUGACGAGGAAGAACCGGAGCCGCUGGAGCGGGACUUCGACCGCUUUAUCGGAGCCAUAGCCAGUUUCAGCCGCUUCACCCUGUGGGGCUUGGAGACCAUCCCUGGCCCGGAUGCCAAAGUGUUUGGGGCCCUAACUUGGCCCACCCUCGCUGCAGCGGUGUAAUGAUCUUCACCUUUCAAAAAUGCACUCUCUGUUAAGUCCACACCUGCCCCUCAGACCCCCCCCACCUUAUCCUUCAUGUCAAGGCCAUCUCUGUGAAGCUUUGCUGACUACCUCCAUUGGGUCCUGCUAACCCACCCUUUGUUUCGUGACACUUAUCAGACUGGGAUCUAAGUGGCCAUUAGCAUAUCUGUCUCCCUGAUGGACUGUACACUCUCAGAGAACAAAGGUUUUGUCUAAUUCCUGGUCAUCUGUGUACCCCCCACACCUGCCUUACAGCAAGAACUCAAUAAAAAUGGGCUGACCUGA